UAAACAUAGUAUACUAUGACUAUUAAUUGCGUUGUCUUUGACUUAUGACGUGUAUUCGAUACUAUGACUUUUUCUCAAUAUAAUUAAAUUUUUUCGGCCUAUACCUUUUUUACGUUAUUUUCGACACAUUAUGGCGUGACUUUCUAUAAAGGGUUCAGAAUAUUAUUGUGUUUUCUUCCAUACAAAACUUAGACUUUUUACUAUACUAUGACUGUUUUGACGUACUAUUAUCAAUUAUUUCUGUCCCUGUUUUAUAAUAUCCAUUAAAAAAAAUCGGAAUUCUCUGAAAAAUCUGAAUAAUCAAAUGGAAAAACUGAAGGAAAACAAAUGACUCUACUGUUAAGAGUUUAUUUGACAAAGCCUAAAUAAAUGGGAAAAAAAUAAUUAAAUGUCUGUCAUUAUUUAAAAAGUUUAAGCUUAAACAUUGAUAUGGAAAGUGAGAUGAGGUCAUGCCUCAUGGGGUAAAAAACAGUUCAGUUCACAUGGGCAGUGGCUUCACAACCAGCUAUAAAAGGACGUUAAAUAAAAAAGCGCAUUUUUGGAACAAUGCUCCUCCCCAACAUCAUAGACUCUGGAGGAGUUCCUCUCUCUCGGUGAACUUCGACAGUCCUGUAGAUUUUCUCAUUUUUGGUUUUCACAUCGUCUUCGCUACAACCGUGGUUCUGGUAGCCGGUCCCGUGGUCGUCACCAUCUUGGCCACCAGAGCCCUCCGCCUCCAGAACCGGUUCAUUUUCAUGCUGAACACCAGUAUUGCUGACACUCUGGUCGGGGUUUCGGUGUAUUAUCUCGGUCUGUUCGAUGUUCAGGAGGGAUAUCCGUCCAGAAAUGGAACUGGCAACAUGUUACCGUCUCUCCUCGGGGUGAACGUGAUGACAUUUCUAUUCGCACAGUUUGACCGGUACUUUGCCGUUUGUCAUCCGUUCAUCUACACGCGCUAUAUAACCCGGCGGGUGGUUAUCUCUGCAAACGUCUUUUGUUGGCUUUACGUCUACACCCAAACGAUCGUCAUAAGUGUUUUGCCACUAUCCAACGCAUUCCAGAUGUACGUGUACGGCAUUGUCAGCUUACAAAUCAUCGUGCUCACCAAAGUGGUCAUGACCGUCAAACUGUUCGUGGUCGCCAGAUUCCAGCUCGACAAAGAGCCUCCGGGCGCCGACAAAGAGAGCAAGAAGGAAUCGUUGAGGAUUAUUAUUUUCGUCAUCGUAAGCUUCUUGGUGUUGUGGCUCCCCUCUUUUUUAAACAUCAUCAUCAGAUUUGUGUUAGGAAGAGGGCUGACGUUUAGGAACGAGGCCACCAAUCUGUUCGCCAUCAUGGCUCGCUUCAACGCGGUGUGCACGCCGUCCGUGUACAUCUGGGGGAGUCCGUCUCUGAGGGAAGCCCUGGCCAGGACUGUGUGGGGCAGAGUGUGUCCGAGAUGUAGAAGGAGGUAA